AUGGGAUUAAGAGGUGCAAUAGUUUUUGUCUCAACAAUUGCUUUAACUCUAACAGCGAUUAUGUAUUCUGAUAGAAUAAAUACUGAUAGAUAGUGUUCUUGCGAUUGCUUAUGCAGAAACUGUAGUCUUGUUAGACGCACUUUUGGCGAUUUAAAAAAAAGAUUAUUAGGUUGA